AUGCAGCUUACACGGAUAAAGAGCUCAUCACACAAUGCAGGUGGUGGCUUGCCACUCUCGAAUACGAAUGCCGAUGAUGCGGUUAUCGAUGCAUUCAAUGCCGCGUUUACUGCUUCGAUAAAGUCCCCGAGAGAUAUAUCAACCGUGCAGAUCAGUCAGGUGCACUUGUUAUGCCAAGAUUGGACCCAAUACUUCGAGGCUGAAGGCUUACAGCUUCAGCACUACGGUAUGUUGGUCCCGAACUCAGACAGAGCAGGUGAGAAUUCUGUGCUCCCUGGGAUCAAUGGGGCCACUGCGGGUCAUUGUUUGCCUGAGCAAAUAUGCCCAUUGAGGGUAUCUACAGUUGCUGAUCGGAUUCUCUUGGGAACCUGUCCAAAAGAUACCAUCAGCUUUAAUGAUUUGAAAAGCACACUGGUGUUUUUAUUAAACACGUAUUUCACAGGGAGAGGACAAGAACCGUCGAUACCGGUCGACAUAAUGACGCUCACUUUAGAACCAUCGGUCAAGCCUACUACACCUGGGGCACCUAGUACACUUCCUACUAUCACCAAGUGGCCCAUUGCUGCUAGACAGGUCAUGCGAGAUCAGGCUCUCGGUAUCCAUGCAUCCUUUCAGACAGUCUGCAAGCCCUUCGAAAGUGGUGUACUUAUCUCGAAGGAAUCACAAGCUUCUGCCACCAGGAGCGGACUCACAGCGGAGCGCAUGGGUUUAAAAACUGCUCGCGAAAAGAAUCUUGCAAAAGAUCACGAGAUCAUGCAACCAGCAAUCCAACAACAGCAAGUGGUUGUGCGUAUCUCAUACGCGGCAAGACCUUGCAUGCACCAGGUGACCGCUCAUACCACUCCCUAG